UGGCGCUGUCACACAUAUGUAUUUCAUCGUCUAUGGGACCUUCUCUCGACGCUUCACACUCCAGUCCAGUCGGUGGCGGAAUAUCUGGAGGAGUAUCAACUGAACUGAGAUCUGCUGCUGUGAAGAUGGUGUUUGUUAAAGAGGAGAGUGAGGAGGACAUGAGUGAACCAGAACCCUGGAGAAUAAAACACGAGGAACAAGGAGGCCUGAUGAAAGUGAAAGAGGAAAGACCAGAUCUGAAUGAAGUGGAGGAGAAACAUCACCAGAAAGCUCAUGAUGUCACCGCUGGAGAGAAGCCAUUGAGUUGCUCCAAAACUGAAAACAGUUGCUCACAAAGCAGCAUCCAAAUAACAAAAGUCAAAAAGCCUUUCACCUGUUCUCAGUGUGGAAAGACUUUCACACGUAAAGAAAACCUGAAGACUCACAUGUUACUUCAUGAUGGAAUAAAGCCUUUCAGCUGCUCUCACUGUGGAAAGAGUUUUACACAGAAAACACACCUAAAUUAUCAUCUUUUAAUUCACAAUUUGGAAAAGCCUUUCACCUGUUCUCUGUGUGGAAACUCUUUCAGACAUAAAGGAUACCUUAAGACUCACAUGUUAAUUCAUGAUGGAAUAAAGCCUUUCACCUGCUCUCACUGUGGACAAAGUUUUACACAGAAAGGACACCUUAAUGAUCAUCUGUUAAUUCACACUUCAGAAAAGCCUUUCGCAUGCUCUCUGUGUGGAAACACUUUCAGACAUAAAGGAUACCUUAAAACUCACAUGAGAAUUCAUGAUGGAAUAAGGCCUUUCACCUGCUCUCAAUGUGGAAAGAGUUUUACACAGAAAACACACCUAAAUGAGCAUUUGUUAAUUCACAAUUCAGAAAAGCCUUUCGUCUGUUCUCAGUGUGGAAACUCUUUCACGCGUAAAGGAAGCCUUAAGAAUCACAUGUUAAUUCAUGCUGGAAUAAAACCUUUCGUCUGCUCCCAGUGUGGGAAGUGUUUUACAGAUAAAGUACACCUUACUAAUCAUUUGGUAACUCACACUAAAGAAAAGCCUUACAUCUGCUCUCAGUGUGGAAACUCUUUCACACGUAAAGCAAACCUUAAGAAUCACAUGUUAAUUCAUACUCGAAAAAGCCCUUUACCUGCUCUCAGCGUGGAAAGACAUGAGAAAUCACACUGAAGCAAUGCCUUACACAUGUGUUAGGAAAAAUAUGUUUGCAUCUCCUUUUCUGUCCAUCUAAUCAUUUCUUCUACAGCGUUUAGUCACACACUCGUGAGACAUGAGCUAGUAAUUAUCCAUAAGGAGUGUAAAUAUCUGACCAGUGGUCUCCAAAGACAAAGGACCUUGCUUGCAAAUUAACAUUUGAACUCUCACCCCCACUCUUACAGAGAUAACUCAAAAUAUAAGAAUAUAUAUAUAUGAUUUUAAUUUGAAUGAUUAUCAUUAAGGAUUGUGUUUAGAAUCAUUUUAAAGGUCUCAGGGGUGAACAGUAACUUUCCACUGUAAACUGAUGGUUUACAUAUCAAAUAGGGUCUGGCUAAUAUAUAAGGAAAUGCAACAGGAGAAUUUGGGGCUGUUGUCUGUAUUCAUAUUAUGAUUCUCCCUCAUUUCAUAUCCAAUUUUAUCUAAUAAUUUUGGGGUGCUUGUCUGUAAUCGAUCCAGAACCGAGAGAUCAUGUAAAUUGGACAGAGACUGUAUGAGGACAAAAACUGUUGUAUUGCUUAGACUCACAAAUUUGAUGUAAUACUCGAGAUGGAGAACAUUUCUGAAUUUUGAAUCAUUGAAUAAACUGCAGUUUUAUUA